GAAAUAAUAAGGAUUUGUUUUGGUUUCGCACCGGGACACAGGGACACGUAAUGGACUAAACAUUACAGAAAGACGUAUAUUUUCGUAUAUCAUCGCGACAGUCCGACAUGUUGCUGCUCAGAGAACACAUCUGACGACGUCUGGUUCCGGUUCACUCAGAGGUUCCAUGGCGCCACCUCAAAAGAACGUGCUUCCUAAGCCUCUCCCAGAGGGAUUCAUACUGAUAGACACUGAGAAAAGGAAAUGGAGGCUGGGGAAGAUCAUCGGUCAGGGCGGCUUUGGACUGAUUUAUCUUGCCUCUCGGGAUGUGGACAGACCUGCCGCAGCAAACACUGACUUUGUCAUAAAACUGGAGCACCAGGAGAAUGGUCCCCUGUUCUUGGAGCUCAAGUUCUACCAAAGGGCAGCCAAAGCAGAGAGCAUGGAAAAAUGGAUGCGCAGCAGGAAGUUGGACUUCCUGGGUAUCCCGACCUACUGGGGAUCAGGACUGGCUGAACAUAAUAACCUCAGGUACCGCUUCAUGGCCAUGGACCGACUGGGCACUGACCUCCAGAAAGUCUGCGAUCACAAUGCAGGUCGACUGAAAAAGACUACCGUGCUCCAGCUUGGUCGAGGACUGGUGGAUGUACUGGAGUAUAUCCAUGAGAACGAGUAUGUCCAUGCAGAUAUUAAAGCUGCCAAUCUCAUGCAGAGUUUCAGAGACCCUGAUAAGAUCUACCUUGCAGACUAUGGGCUGUCCUGCAGAUACUCUCCUGAAGGAGUCCACAAAGAAUACAAGGAAAACCCGAAGAAAGGCCACAAUGGAACCAUUGAGUACACAAGCCUUGAUGCCCACAAGGGGACUGCCCCAUCUAGACGAGGCGACCUCCAGAUUUUGGGUUUUUGUCUUCUUCACUGGUUGUGUGGGUCUCUGCCCUGGGACAGCUUUCUCAAGAACGCAGCUCAGGUCCAGGAGGCUAAGACCAGACUGAUGGAUAAUCUGCCACACUCAGUCCAGCAGCUGUCAGUGAGCAGAGCCAGCACAGAUGAGGUGGCUGCAUUCCUCCUUUAUGUUAAAACUCUGGGCUACCAGGAUAAACCAGACUACCAGCAUGCCAAAGACCUAUUGGCCAGUGCUGUCAGGGGACACCUUGACUUCUCCAUCCCUGAAGGUCCAGCAAUGGCAUCAUCCACAAGGGUCGUAGAUCCUGGCACCAGGGAAAAGCAGAAAGCAGGACGAGCCAGAGCCUCCAAAGCCAAGCCUGUGGUUACAGGGAUGGAUGAAGAGGAACAGGAGGGAAUGAAGUCCAAACAAGUGCCGGCUCAAUCAAGAAGAGGACCAGUCGUCUCUAAAACUCAAUCACAGAAGGAUGAGGUUUUGCCUGCUGUCAGAAGAUCACAGAGGCCAAGGACUGAACCUGUAAACACUUAUAAAGAUGAUAGUGAAGAUGAGGAUGAAGAGGAGAAGGAGGAUGAAGAAGUUUCCAGACUCAGACCUAUUCCUGCAUGCUAUCUCCGAGGCCCUCCCAUAGGCCCCAGAACUCAGUCUAAAAAGAACACUGAACUCAAAAAGACCUCCAGGAAAGGAGACAGCCCAACUGUGACCUCGGUGAGACUGGAGCGAGGAGUCCACUCCAAAAUGAAACAACCCAUAUUCCCUGGCUGUGACAGUAAGAGCCAAACACACAAUGCCUGCAGGGGAGGGUGGGAUGAAAGGCUGCACAGCCACCCUGCAGGACGCAGCCGUCAGCAGCGGUGGGACAGUGAUCCCUGCUCUGAACACACUGACGGGUGUGGUGACUGGGGAACGUCCACUCUCACAGGCGCAGGAUGGGCAGCUGGUCCAAACCAGAUGAUAGGCCCCUGCUGGUUUGUCUUUAUGGGCAUCUCCUUUUUCUUGGGUGCGUUUGUUUUUGCGGUUUGCCAAAGUGCACUUAACCCCUUUUGA